AAUCUAAUGACGAUUCAGGUUUGUAGCUCUGUCAAAAACCACCUCGGAACCCCAACCACCAUCACCUUGGCAUCGGCAUUUGUUUGUUGGUCCCGUUUUCGGAUAUCGACCUGAAAUCCCAACCCCGUACAGACCGAGCUACCUGUUGUGGUUGAAUCUAGUUGAAUUCGCUCGCCGUCUCAGCGAGACCAGUUCUGUCAGCACGCUUCGAAAACGGUCCGGUCCUACUGCCUGAGCAGCAGUAGUUGGGGGGGUUGCGCGAACACCGAAUCGUAGUGCCAGUUCCUCAAGAAGCCACGCACACAAAACAACACCCCCCAAGUCCUCCCGACUUCCCUCCUUUUCCUCCGCAGAUCACCGUCUUUUUUUCUUCUUCUUCUUCUUCUUCUUCUCCCUUUUUUCCUUUGUUUCCGACCACCAUGGCGAACGAGGAGAUCAACGUGCCCUCACUGGUCCUUGUGCUGGUGGUCUCGGGCCUCAUCAUCCGAUACCUGUUCUUUUCGGCAUCCACGGAUGGUACUGCGGCAGGCGCCGGCGGAAGCGCGAGGGCGGCCGCAGGCCGUGGAGGCGACGUCAGGGCGCGCGAGGCCGCCGUCGAGAGGAUACAGCAGAUGUUCCCGCAGGUCGACCGGCGGACGAUCCUUUGGGACCUGCAGCGGACGGGAGGGAAUCUGACCGCCACCACGGAUAGGAUACUUGCCGGGAGACUAGAGACGCCCCCGGUUACGUUCCAACCGCCGCCGCCCCCACCGAGCGCCACACCCACACCGGCUACGGGCUCAUCCGCAGCCGCGGCCGCCAAGGCUGCCGACAAGCCCGCCCAGCCCGACCUGAUUACGAGAUACAAGCUGCAGGGCAAGCUUGAAAGCGCCUCAGCCCCAGCGGAGGAGGAGAAGAGCGCCAAGGGUGGCAAGGCGUGGAGCACAAGCCGGGAUGAGAGGCAGGCGCUGUUGCAGAGGAGGAGAGACGAGAUGAUCCUGGCAGCCAGGAGGAAGAUGGAGGCCAAGAUUGCUGCGGAGAAGGAGGCGGCUGCAGCUGCCGGUGGCGCCGGUAGCUCUUAGAAGCUUAGGGGUGGAAGGGGGAGUUGGAUGUCAAUGUCAUUCUGAGGAAUGUGCAUCUACGGCUGAUUCACACAGAUAUGUUCUUUGCCACACCUCUCAUGACUGGUCUAGCCUCAGAGUUUAGUCUACCAAGCAGCUAUGAAAAAGUACAUAUUCGCCUAUUUUUUUUAAUAGCAUAUCUUUUCGAGGAA